UUCGGACGCUGCUUCUUUUACCUGUGUGCUGCGUCCCCUGGACUAAACCCCAAGCUCCCCAGCCCGCAUCCUUCCCCCCCAUUGCCAAAAACUGCGCCAAAGCUCAACAAUGUUGCACGCCCGUCAUAUCCUGCGUUCACGGCCUCUCCGCCUUCAAGCUGGUCUACAGCGUCCACUUUUCGACAGCUCUUUCAGCACUGCAAACAAGACUUUCCUUUCGGUGCCUCGCAUUGCAGGGCUCCCGUCUAUCAAGUUCUAUCAAAUCAUCCGCUCUUACACUGCCAACACCGGAAACGCUGGAGAGGCUCCCACUGUGUCUCCUCCCGACGCAAAGAAAGAGACGCACGACGAAAACACCGUCGCCAGCGCAGAAGGCGACAAGGACGACGAAGAUCCCGGCGCACUCCCUUCCCCGCGCCCGCACUGGAUGUCCGCCGACGGCACAUUCGGCGAUCCCUCUCGCAUCAGUAUCUGGGCGCACUGGAAGCAAGGCGACGAGUUCGGCAAGCACCUGCGCGAAGAGAAGAACGCCCAGGCGGCCUUGAGAAGCUGGGCUGCCCAGAUGGAGGACAAAGCAAAGGAACUGAGGCGCGGGGCGGAGAUUUUGGACGAAGCGGGGAUCGAUCUGGGUGGACAAGGUGAUACGCAUAUGGCGGAGAUCAGCGUAGGCAAUAUCGAUCCGAAAACGUACUGGACACUGGUUACCGAGUGUGGGGACACGUUCUCUCCCGAGGUGUGCUACUGGAGCGAGCAUGCGGAAUGGCUGGCGGAUGAGCAGGGUGGGGAUUGGACUAAGGAGAAGGAGUUGGAGAGGUUGGAAAUGUUUUUUUCUUUCAUGCCGAAAGGUUACAAGCUCCCGUGGGUGAUUUUGAAACGAUAGGAUGGGUUAGCGCCGGUGCCGCGAGACCAUCAGCAUUUUGGCCCGGCUAAGGCGGGGGCGCAAGUAGGCUUAUUCUUCCAUUUGCUUAUUGCUCUUGACCUAUCCUCGCAAAACUAUAGUACGCUUCCGUAGAUUAUGAAAGUCCCCAUCUUCUCAGUAUGAUUUUCUGAUCUCUGUAUGCAGCGGGAUGCGGCGUAGCACCCAUGAUCAAUCAAAAUUGGGUCUAAUGGAAAUGAG